AUGGCUGUGACGUCAACGGACUCGCCUGGACCGCCACGACAACCGAAUCUGAGGACUGUGCCAGCUCCAACAGCAGAAGCAGAGCCUCCACCGGCACCACAACCGAAUGAGAUGGCUGUGACGUCAACGGACUCGCCUGGACCGCCACGACAACCGAAUCUGAGGACUGUGCCAGCUCCAACAGCAGAAGCAGAGCCUCCACCGGCACCACAACCGAAUGAGAUGGCUGUGACGUCAACGGACUCGCCUGGACCGCCACGACAACCGAAUCUGAGGACUGUGCCAGCUCCAACAGCAAAAGCAGAGCCUCCACCGGCACCACAACCGAAUGAGAUGGCUGUGACGUCAACGGACUCGCCUGGACCGCCACGACAACCGAAUCUGAGGACUGUGCCAGCUCCAACAGCAAAAGCAGAGCCUCCACCGGCACCACAACCGAAUGAGAUGGCUGUGACGUCAACGGACUCGCCUGGACCGCCACGACAACCGAAUCUGAUGACUAUUCUAUAG